CUCAUGUUAGAGCGCACUAAAUAUUAAUAAGGCUGCGCAGGUGCAGAGUCCCUGUCGGAACAGGUUGCCUCACCGGCGGCGGCGCACUGACAGGCUUCAUUCUCAUGAGGGCUUCUGCAGGAGGCUGCGUUUGAGUGCUGGACUCCCGAGACAGGCGAGCAGGCAGGAGGAGCGCUGCAAUCAUGUCUGAGAGCCCUGACACGCAGCCGAGCACCGGGGUCCUGGGCCGUAUCGGGAGCUGGUUCUCUCCGUGGAGGGGAAACGGUCCGAAGAGUCCCACUGAAAAUGCUUCUCCAACUAGCGAUCAGGCUCUUAAAUCAGAGGGACAAGAGGAGAGUCGGGAGUCUGUGAGACCCCAGGCAAGGGGACAACAGUGGGUGGAGGAGAAAGCACAGAGCUCCAAUCCCAAUCCACUGGGUUCCUCCAGAGACAUUUUCCCCUGUGAGGAGGAGGACGCCACGCAGUCUGCCCACAGAGAUGGCUCUGUUGUGAGCAGCAGUGAGACAGCACAAGGAGUUCCAAGAGAGGAGGAGUUUGUGGGGAGCAGGGAGAAGAGAAUAGGGCAGGGCAAAGAGAGGGAGGAGAGCAGCAACGGUACUUCAGCGAGCGGGAAUCCUGAGAAGAAUGCCAGUCAUCUGACACAGUUCUCUUCCUCUGCGGAGCAGGGAGUGGUAUGGGACUCUGACCAGGCCCACACUCAGCCUCAGGCACAGGGACAAGCACAGGCUGGCAGGAGGCUCCAUGUGUACCUGGAGGAGACCAGUGUGAUUCAAUGCGGCAAAGACAGCUGUGCCGGACAGGAAGUUGUCCGCACCAAAGUCACAAAAAGUCUCCAGGUCCUCCCCAAGGCAAAGUCAUCAGCGAGCUUUGAUUCACCGAAGAGCUCCAGUUCAACAAGGGCCGAGAACAGAAGGACAAAUGUGAGUCCCGCUGCUGGGACAGGGAGUAAUUACAGCGCUGUAGCUGGAGCGUCACUGAAAGCACACAAAGAAUCUCAGUUCAAGCCUGAGCCUGAUAGAGAGCAAACAGAGGCAGACAGCAUGGGCCGUAAAAACGCAGCCAGGAAGAAAGUGAGGAAGAACUCUCAGGGAGAUGGAGUGAACAGCCCAGAGGAAAAAAUGUCGCCCAGUGCCCAACCUGCCCCAAAGGGAUUCCCUGCAUCAGAUAGCAGAUCUGUGACCAGUCCACAGGGCAAAAGUCCAAAUACUCACGUGGGAGAGUCAUCUGCAAGCUCCUCCUCCAAGCACAACCCCACCUCUCAGGCCUCACCUGGAGGAGGGGAGGCCAAGACUUCCUGCCCUGACUCCGUCAAGCAGUUGGACGACUUCCAGGACUCAAACUCAGCCGCGGCAGCGAGUCAGGCGUGUGUGGUUGAUGGGGUCGCAGACAUGGAGGACGAUGACAGCCUGUACAAAGUGGAAAGGAAGACGGAGACCCCGGAGUCCAAGCGCAGGAGUCUGAAGGUUUCACGGAGCGAGGUGAAGCUUUUUGCAAAAAAUGUGCCUUUGAAACAAAGUCAAGCGGCAGACAACCAGGAUUUUAAGUCAGCACUAAAGACUGAAGAUGAAGCAAAGGAUAAGCCCAAAACAGAGACUGAUGCAAGACUGCCCAACUUGAAGAAAAUAGAUGAGGAGCCUAAACAAGUCGUGAGCCGCAUCGCAGAUAAAAUCAGCCUCUUCGAGCGCCCUGCGGGGCAGGUCAACAAGCAGACGUUCCAGACCCCGAGGAGCGCAGAUGUCUCUCCAGUCAGAAAAGCCGCCGACAGGCUGAAAGCUGAUUUCUCGCUGUCAGAUCAGAGGUCAAGAUCAGCUGAACGUCAUGUCCCGGCCAGGUCCAGCUCUGCGUCACCCGCCAGGGAGAGGCCGAUGACGAUCAAGGAGCGAGCGAGGAACUUCACAGAGGCAUCUAAAAGAGACGACAGGGCAGCACUGCCUCUAAAGGCAGCAAUGACAGGAAUGUCUCAAAAACCCACCUCGUCUGUGCCAGCUGCUGCUUCAGUAUCACCAGAACUGGACAAUCAGGGUAAACUGGAUGCUAAAGAGCAGAUGCAAACAAACGCUGUGUCAGAGAUAACAUUAAAACCAGAUGGACGAGAUACUGCUGCUGCAGGGGGGAAGAUCUCCUUUUCUGCAGAACAGCCAAAAGACUUGAAAACAAUAGACACAGCAGCCUCGAAAACAGCAGAUCGAGGUAGGAAACCUCAGGUUGUUGAAACAAGCGUUCCAGCUAAAGGUCCAGGGGAUCCUGCAGAACCGACCAAUAAUAUUAGCCAACAGUCCAAAACCCCCAGAACGGGCUCCCGCUCGAAAAGGAGAAAAAGCAGGGAACCAACCAGUCCCAUCAGCCCAACUAGUGAAAACAAACCAGAUUGCUUAACAAGUAAGCCAGAGGUCACUGCUACAAAACAAGAACAGGUUAAUGAUUCAGAGACAUCCUCUGCCUUAGAAAAAGUCUCAUCACCAUCUGAUAAAGCCCAAGAAAAUGCAUCAGAUGGGCAGUCAUUGCCUGAUAACAAACAGAAAGAAUUCAAAAAGGACAAACAGAAAAAACAGUUAGAUUCUUCGCUUAAAAAGGAGAAUAUUGUCAAGCCGGCCAACAGACAGGAGCCUGAACCAUCUGUCAGCAAAGAUGAACCCGAUACUGCUCCUUGUAGUGGUGGAACAAAGACGCCUAUUGACAAGGAUGCUGUUAUUUUAUCCCAAAAGGAGGAAAAGGCAGGGGGACACAGACUCACACAGGACAGGGAAAAGGAGUCCGAGGACAGCAGAGGAACUCCAGCCUCCUCCCCCUCGCCUGCGGUUGAACAACCCAUUAAAAAGACUCCUUCAGAGGAGCUGGAGCCACCUGUUAAACUUCCCAAACUAGAGAAAGAGUUGUCAGUGCGAUCUGAACCAAAAAGUAAAGGAAAAGUAAGGGAGCCCAGUGAGAAAGAUGCAGGGCAAACACAGCACUCCCAGCACAAGGACACAGAGCUGAUAAAGCAGGCCGAGAGUAAAGACGUGGAGAGAUUAGAGAAAGUGGAGGGCGAAAAAACAAAUCGGACUGAGGGGAAAGACAUAGGGACACCACAGCAGCUCCUGCAUUCAGAUAAAACCCCCACGGAGGUCAGGGUUUCUGACGGUGGACAAGGUAUCUCAGGGACAGAGAGGAGCAUUGCUGGGGACGAUGAAAGACGUAAUCCAGAAAGAAAAGAAAAGACGGAGCCGGCUAAAGAUGAGAGAAAGCCAGAAACUAGGCAAGUGGAAGCAGAGUCCUCAGACAAGACAUCAGACCUCCCUGCUCAAACACAACACGCCAGACAGGCGGCGACUACGCAUCCACAAAAGGCUGCUGUUUGUGCUGUCGCCCAGACUAAUGAGGAGGCCGCGAGUGUGACCGAGAGUGAUAAAGAGCCUUCGAAGGGAGAGACGGCAACAAACGCGCCUACUGAUCUGCAAACAAAGUCUGCAGAAAGCCCUGGAACAGAAACUGUGGGGAUUGCAGCAGAGCCUCAGCCUGACUCCGUGUCUGUGGAAAAAACAGAGAAUCCACCAGAUGACUCAUGUGCACAUGGAGCUAAUGAUGCUGAGCUCGCCAGCGCAAAGCCUAUUACCAAAGCAACUACGGCAGUUGAGGAAGUGACUGUAAAAGCCGCUAAUGAAACCCCACAGGCUGACAGCACAGCAGAGAGAGCAUCGUCUGUGAAAGAGCCUCCUCUGAUGUCUGCCUCUAAAUCUGUGAGCAGCAAGGGAGCGGGGCAGGAGGGCAGCAACAAAAGUUCAACUGUCAAAUCGGCGCCCUCAGGAGCCAACAUCUCAGGUGGUGUCGUGAAACUUGCACCUGGACGCCCACAGUGUGAGGCAUCAAAAGGUACGGAGAGCUCAAGUGGUGUCACUACACUCAAGGGUGCAGAGAAAAUGGCACAGCGGCCUUCUGACAGCGCUGCUUCGAGCGCCACGGUUAGUGCGGGAGAGAAGAAACCUGAGAAAACUUUCCAUUCGGCAAUGAAUGAGCUUUCACCUGCUGCUAACGGUCACAUCUCCUCACAUCCUCAGUCUCACGCAGUCAAAAAGGAGACGGUCAGCGCCAAGCUGAGUCCAACUCCGAAAGCACCCACUUCCCCAGAGGCUAAUAAGCUCAUCCCAGACGCAAUCCAGCGUUCUUCCAUGAAGAAGCCCCAUUCGCCACGGGGACUCAGCAAAGAUGAUUCUGCAACACGGCAAGACGCCCCCUCCAGCUGGUUGGAUGUGGACUUUCCCAAACGGAAACUUAAAAUGCCUGUGCCCAAACUGAGCUCCUCUGGAAGUGAGAGCAAUCUUCUGGACACUUCUGGCGAGCUAGAUGAUGAUGAUUUCAUUGAGAAAAUCAAGAAUCUGUGCUCCCCGUUCUCCCUCCCACCACGCAAACACAACCUGCUGCGGCCACCUCAGCCGCCAUUCGCGAUGCCCGCCAUCAAGGAGGACCACUUUGAGAAGACGUUUGACCCCGAUGAGUUCAAGUUUGGCUUGAGGAAGCAGAAGUUUACCGUAGACACAACCCCGAGCACCUUAGCCAAGCUCCAGAACGACACAAAAUCUGGCCUGAAGCCUGCCAGGGCUAGUUUGGCAGACAGGAGCAUGCUGAUCAGCAGCCUGGACGUCCACUGUCGCCUCAAGGACAAGGCCGCCAUCAAAGAUGAGGAGGACGCCAAAGAGGAGAAGGACGAGCAGAUCAAGGUGAAGUCUCGCUUGGAGGGGAGCUGCGUCUUCAGCAGCCUCAACUCCUCCAUCCUCAGAGGGAAGAAGAAUGGGGUUCAGACGCAGGCAGAGGGCACCAACUCUGCGGAAGUGUCACCUAGCGAGGCCCAGCUAAGCCCUCCACCUUUAUCCCAUCCACCCACGCCGAGCCCGACUGCCACAGCUCCAUUUAGAGACAUGCUGGCCAAACAGAGUGCAGCCCCGAGCAAGAGAGAGGAAGCCCAGGCUGUGGAGCCUGUGGUCAGUGACUCAUGUCCUCCGCUUCCUUCCUUUAACGACAUCAAGCUGCCGGACUAUUUGGAGAAGUACCUCCCGGGAGAACCAGCAAAACCAGUGCAGAGCACAACAGGACGGGAGCAAGAGAAAAUCGAGGUUAUUGGAAAAAUGUCAGCUCCAGCUGGUGGAGAUGAAGCAGACCUGGCUGCAAAACCAGGUCUGGUGCUUCCUGAUGCUGUGCCUCCAUCUUUUCCUGGGAUUCCUCCAACCACGCACCCUGCCCUCCAUGAGCUUAAGCAGCCUCCGGCUCAGCCACAGGGGACAGGCAGAAAAACUAUAAGAAUCGCCAAAGGAUUUCACAGGCGCCCUGGAAAGAUGGUGUUGUUUGAGAAGGCUCAGUUCAGCGGCCAGGCGUAUGAGAUUUACAGGGAUGUAGCAGAUGCAACCUCUCUGCAGCUCUCGCCUCUCGUAUCUGUGAAGGUCAUUAGAGGAUGCUGGGUGCUCUACGAGAAGCCCGACUUCCAGGGACGCACCAUCGCCUUGGAGGAGGGGGGCAUCGAAUUGACAAACAUGUGGGCAGAGCCCGGGCCGGAGACAGGAGCACACAGCGACCCGCCAAUGCUGAUCGGCUCCAUUCGACUCGCUGUCUGGGAUUACAGCAUCCCUCAUAUUGAUCUGUUUACUGAACCGGAGGGCCUCGGCAGAGUAACACCUUACCAUGAUGACACAAUAGAGACGGGCUCAUUUGGCAUCCCACUGAGCACUGCUUCCAUCCAAGUGCACUCUGGGGUGUGGCUGGUGUACAGUGACCCGGGCUUCCAGGGCAUGCUGGCUGUGCUGGAGACGGGAGUGUACCCUUUUCCUGAGACCUGGGGCUUCCCAUCACCAUUUGUUGGAUCUCUUAGACCACUUAAAAUGGGUGGCUUCAAAGUGGAGAAUCCCAAUGAAGUCAAGGCGGUGGUGUAUGAGAAGCCUGGCUUCGAGGGCUCCUGUUUGGAAAUCGACAGCGACGUCUUCAGCUUUUGUGAAAGCGAAGAAGGAGGCAUUUCAGCGGAUGGAGCAAACCUUGACUCAAAGAAACCGAAGUCUGUGGGCUCUUUAAAGAUCAUCGGAGGACUCUGGGUGGGCUACAGCGAGCCUGGGUUUGAGGGCCAGCAGCACAUUCUGGAGGAAGGAGAGUACCUGGACUGCAGCUGCUGGGGAGGCUCAGAGCAGCUGCUGUCGCUGCAACCAGUACUGGCUGAUUUCUUGUCUCCACACCUCAAAAUGUUCAGCGACAUAGAUUUCAGCGAGCGGGGAGUCAACAUUGACCUAACGGUGCCCGUCAUCAACAUGGAUGCCACUGGCUACGGCUUGAGGACGCAAUCAAUUCAUGUCAUCGGUGGCGUCUGGGUGGUGUUUGAGGAGCCGGGCUUCUGUGGUGAGCCCUACCUCCUGGAGAAAGGCCUGUAUGGAAGCCCGGAGGACUGGGGGGCGCUGCAGCCCAGAAUUGCCUCGGCGAUGCCUGUCGUGCUGGAUGAUUUUGAGAACGCAGCCAAGUUUAAGGUGCAGCUCUUCUCUGAGCCGGGUUUUCAAGGCUGUGUCGUGGCUCUGGAGGACAGCGUGGCCUCCCUGCAGGACGGCUUCUCUGUGGCCUCCUGCAAGGUUCUGUCUGGCAGCUGGCUGGCAUAUGAGGGCCGGGACUUCGCCGGCAGGAUGUAUGUGUUAGACAUGGGGAGCUACCCAGACCUGAGAGCGAUGGGCUGUUUCCACGCAAGUUCCUCCAUCCUGUCACUACAGACUGUUGGCUUUGAGUUCUCACUGCCAUCCAUCACUUUGUUCGAGCGGUGUGGUCUGCGGGGGAGGAGGGUGAUCCUGACAGACGGAUCGGUCAACCUUCAGCUGGCUGGUGGUUGUAGCAGGGUGCAGUCUGUGCUGGUGGAAGGAGGCAUGUGGGUUUUAUAUAAGGAAAUCAACUAUCGGGGAGCUCAGAUUUUGCUGAAACCUGGUGAGGUGCCUGACUGGCACACGUUCAGCAGCUGGAUGAAAAUAGGAUCCCUCCGCCCUCUUAUACAGAAGCAAGUGCACUUCCGUUUAAGGAACAGACAGACCGGGCUCUUGAUGUCAGUCACCGGCGAUUUGGAUGAUGUCAAACUAAUGCGGAUCCAGGAAACCGAGGAGACUGAUGGAUUCGAGCAGAUCUGGUUCUACCAGAAUGGACAUCUCCACUGCAAGCUGCUGGAGGAGUGCUGCCUGAGUCCCAGUGGCAGUGUGACGAUAGCAGGAGGCCGCGUGGGUCUCACCCCGGAACUGGACAACCAAGUCCACCUCUGGAGCAUCACUCCAGAGGGCUUUAUCUGCUACACCCCCACCCCUGAUCUGGUCCUGGAAGUCAAAGGGGGGCAACACUACGACAAAAACCAAGUGAUUCUAAACACACUCGAUCCAAAUAAACUACAACAACUGUGGGACGUGGAGAUUAUAUGAAAAGAAAAUGAGCUGCUGGACUGGAUCCCUAAUAUUAUCAGAGGCACAGCUCACAACUAGAGGCUCUGUUAUGCAGCUGCAAAACAAGCGCUCAAGGACGAGGCACGUCAUUGGAGAUUAUCACCCUCUGCUGCAGGAGAACUGCACAGGUUUCCGAUGAGACGGUCAACAUGGAGAAUCCGCUAAACACACGACUGCCCAUGAACAUACAAAUAGUCUGAAGCCUGAACUCUGAAUACUUCAUAAUUUACACUUCCAGUAAUGUCUUAAUGUUUAUUUUGUGUCUUUUCAUUGAAUAAAUCCAAUUGCCUGAUGUUAAUUAACUUAAAACAGUGUUAACAAAAAGUGUUAUCUUUUCGAUGCACUGUAUGUCUUUGUAUGUAUAUAUAUAAAUAUAUACAGUUGUGUUCAAAAUAAUAGCAGUCCCACAUCACCAGCAAGAUAAAUCACUGUUUUUGUCAGAAUUUCAUCUUCUACACUGUAAGUAGGUUUCUAGAAGGUUUAGUAAAGGUAUAGAAAACCAACAGACCCAACAGGCAUGACGUGCAUGCGGCUGAUUCUGUGAAAAUGAAUUAUUAACUGAAAGGGGCGUGUUCAAAAAAAUAGCAGUGCUGAGUUCACUUAGUGAGGUCUUUGAUUCUGUGAAAAAAAAUAGGUGUUAAACAGGUGGCCCUCAUUUAAGGAUCAAGGCAACUGACGCUACACAUGCUGGCUGUGCAUUUGUCCUUGAGAAACAGAGUAAAAUGGGUCGUUCAAGACACUGUUCAGAAGAAGAGCGAUCUCUGCGGCCACAGACAGUUUGUCAGACGUCCUGCAAACACUUAAUUCAAGCCACAGUACACAGUGAAGACAGUGAAGCAUGGUGGUGCAAACAUCAUAAUAUGGGGAUGUUUCUCAUACUAUGGUGUUGGUCCUAUUUAUCGCAUACCAGGGAUCAUGGAUCAGUUUGAGUACAUCAGAAUAUUGGAAAAAGUCAUGUUGCCGUAUGCUGAAGAGGAAAUGCCUUUGAAAUGGGUGUUUCAACAAGACAAUGACCCCGAACACACCAGCAAGCGGGCAAAAUCAUGGUUCCGGACAAACUGCAUCCAAGUAAUGAAGUGGCCAGCACAAUCCGCAGAUCUUAAUCCCAUAGAAAACUCGUGGGCUGACAUAAAAAGUGCUGUUCAUGAGGCAAAACCAAGAAAUGCAGAGGAAUUGUAGAAUGUAGUGCAAUUGUCCUGGGCUGCAAUACCUGUUGACCGGUGCCAGAAGUUGGUCGACUCCAUGCACCACAGAUGUGAAGCAGUUAUCAGGAACCGUGGUUAUGCAACUCAAUAUUAAUUUAUGAUUCUCAGGAAAGUUGAAUCUUCAAGCAUUUCUUAGUUUAUACAGUACAUUUUUGAGUUUGUAAAGACAGAUUAUUUCUUGACUUUCUGCAAAAUAUUAUCAAAUUCAAUUACUUUUUCCAGUUUUCUUGCUUUGAAAUAGAAUGUGUAGUGUCCCCAAUGCAUUUGUGUUCAUUAAAAUACAAUUUAUCUGAAGAAUUUUGAAGUUUACUCACCUUUUAAACACUCUGCUAUUAUUUUGAACACAACUGUCUAUACACACACACAUACUGUGGCUUUAUUUUCCAUGCGACAAGCAAACAACAGUUGAAAUGUCUUUUUUUUCUUUGUUUAAUCAAAACUAUACAGCACACAACUCUUUUUCAGAACAAUAAAAGUAUUUUUGUCAAGA